AUGUGCUCGGUAGGUUUCCGUCACCACUACCUUCCGAAAGCUGGUCAGGCGCCGGCCGAGAAGAAAGAACAGGACACUACUAACGACCUCCAGACUCCCUGGCUCUCCGAAGACGACGGAAAACUAUGCGACUCCGCUCGGCGAGAAGAAUGCCGUCGAGGAGCCAUGAAUGCCGCUCGCAAGAUGAAUGAAAGUCUCCGUGCUCUGAAGGCGAAGUAUCCUGCCGAAGAGAAGACGCCUCCUGCUACUCCCUCGGCGACUACUCCGCCUGCGCUAUCACACGCGACGACGCCGGAUGAUACGCCGACGUCUUCGGACGAUGAGAGAGUGGCGUCUUCUUCCCUAGCGAUCAAGAAGCCGAACGUAGGAGAUCUGCCUUCUUUGGCGGGGAGUUUGAUCUCUGAGAAGGAGGUUGCGGAGGAGAAGGUGGCUUCUCUGAGAUCGAGAUUCGCUGGGGUGGACCGGUAUGGGAGCGACCAGAGAGCUCUUCUAUAG